GCGCCCGCACGCGAGCUCAGUCACUCCACAUUAUCGCGGGUAGACAGACUGCUUUUAUAUUAAAUAAUUAAGGCGUAUUUGUAUAGCCAUGUUUUGAUUAUUCAAUAGUAAGUAUAAGUGAUAUUAUGGGUGCAUUAGAUUGUGUUGCCAGUAACAAAAUUUCAUCAUCAAGUACUGAAGUGUUUACAGCUACGAUGAAUUCACAGACUUCGUUGGAUAAAGAUCAAAAAGAACAGGGAAACCAGUUAAUCGACAGAAGUUGCGGUAACCGCUCCAUCUGGUGGACACUUGCUGUAGAUGUUCCACUUCUAUUACUCGUGUGUCUAAUAGUGGGGCUGUUUGAGCUAGGCGUCAUCCCGCACCAUAAAAACGGCUUUUUCUGCAAUGAUCCGGCUCUUUCGUUCCCGUUUACGAAAGACACUGUCUCCUUUACAGUCAUCGUUUCUUCUAUUAUUUUUCCUCCUUUUAUUUUGAUAUUCAUCACUGAGUAUAUCUUCCACAAGUCAACAUAUAACACUCAAACAAAACUUCGUCAUGUUGCCAGAAAUACUUUGUAUAUGUACAGAAGUUAUUUAUACGGACUGUUCUUUAAUCUUGGACUAGUGGAGGUGAUGAAAGGGUUGAGUGGCAGCCCUCGACCCACCUUUUUUGACAUCUGCGAACCGGAUACCGCGAAAACUUGUAAUGGGUCAGAGUACGUUGCAACAUUCCAAUGUACAUCAAAGAAGUUUUCAUCUUGGUAUCAAACGGAUUCCUACCACAGCUUUCCUUCAGGACACACAUCGCUAUCUAUCUAUUGUGGACUAUUUAUGGCGUGGUACUUACAAAAACGCGCAUUUGACUGGCGCCACCGCACCGUAUUCUUCGUGCCUGUACUGCAGAUGACUUGUGUUGCAUAUGCCGCCAUUUGCUCACUCACCAGAAUCACUGACCACAGGCAUCACUGGUGGGACGUGCUUACGGGGGCCGUUAUAGGUGUAGCCACAUUGUAUUAUACGGUGAUUGUUUUAUGCAAAAACUUCAAAACUUCAAAUUUGGAAGACAAAGCCAUGACGGAAAGUCAGAAUACAGUGCAAACUGCUUUAUUUGUGUGAGAUUUUAACACUUGGAACAUAAUCAACAGGACCAAGACUCUUACGACCUCAACCUCGUGGUUUCAAUUUAGGAUUGCAUUUAGUUUAAUAUAAUUUAUGUAAAUAUAGACGU